AUGCUAGGUACACGAUUGGAUUAUAUACUUGUUAGUAAAGGAAUGGUAAAAUGGAUGAAAUCAUGUGAUGUUAAACAACAAAUAAUGGGCUCUGAUCAUUGUCCAGUUUCUUGCGAACUCUAUGAUGAAAUUGAGGAGAAUGGUAAAAAAAUUAGGCUUUCUGAUUUGAUUAGUUCUAACUCAUACAUUACACAAAACAAGCUAGAGGCACCAAAACUUUGUGCCAAAUAUCUGUCCAAAUUCUUUAAUCAGACUAAAUUACAAAGCUUUUUUAAUAAAUCAAAUAUGAAUAACGAUGAGAUUGCAAAUGUUAAGAUAAUUGAUAAUUCUAAUGUUAGUAGUUCUGUUGAAACCAUUCUUUUUGAAAAAGAAAAAAUUUCACAAGAAUUUCCCUCUAAACCAACUUCCAUGCUGAAAAAAACUUCAAUAAAGUCACUAAAUUGUAUUGCUAAAAAAACAAAUUCAACAAUUCCGAAUCAACCUACUCUUACAACAUUUUUUAAAGCUUCAUUAGAGAAAAAUGAUAAACCAAUUAAAAUAAUUGAUAUUGAAGAGAAUAUAGCCACUCCAAAAUAUGAUAAAAAUUCUGAACAUAAAUCUGAUAUAAUGUCUCAAUGGAAUAUGAUAUUUAUGCCCAAAGCAAUUCCUAAAUGUAAGGUGCAUGGAGAACCAUGUAAAAAAUAUAGAGUUAACAAAAAUGGACCAAAUGAAGGACGAUAUUUCUUUUCAUGUUCAAGACUGGUUGGAUCAUCACCAGAAAAUCAAUGUGAUUAUUUUGAAUGGGCAAGAAAUUCAUCUUUGCCAACAAAAAGAUUAAAACUCAGACAAGAUGAUAGAAAAAGCAACAAAAUAAUCAAGAAACAAACAAAUUAA